UCGAAACACAAAACCUUAUCUCCUGGAGUUUUAAUAGUGGUAAAACAAAGCUUAUCAAAAUGGAGUACCUACCCAAUUAAGCAGAGGAAUAGCAUUAGAGUUUUGUGUAGCAAUGACAGCCUUCAGCUCCCAAUUUCAUCCUGCAAUCUACCACAUUUUUCAUAAUGUGAAAGCCAAGCGUUAUGUUUCUUGCUCAGUCAACCCCCCGCAAAGUAAUAUCAAGGUGAUUGUAAAUGGAGCCGCAAAGGAAAUAGGAAGAGCUGCAGUAAUUGCAGUCACUAAAGCUAGAGGAAUGGAGGUGGCUGGUGCUGUUGAUUCACAUUUUGUAGGAGAAGAUAUUGGAAAGGUGUGUGAUAUGGAAGAGCCUAUGGAAAUUCCAAUAAUGAAUGAUCUUACCAUGGUAUUAGGUUCCAUAUCUCAGUCAAAAGCAAGAGGAGUGGUCCUCGACUUCACCGAGCCAACUACUGUUUAUGACAAUGUGAAACAGGCAAUAGCAUUUGGCAUGAGAAGUGUCGUUUACGUACCACGGAUUAAGCUGGAGACAGUUUCAGCAUUAUCUGCAUUCUGUGAAAAGGCCACCAUGGGUUGUUUGAUUGCACCAACUCUAUCCAUAGGAUCCAUACUCCUCCAGCAAGCUGCCAUUUCUGCUUCCUUCCACUACAGGAAUGUAGAAAUUGUGGAAUCAAGGCCCAAUCCAACGGAUUUUCCAUCAACAGAUGCCAACCAAAUUGCCAACAAUCUCUCCAACCUUGGUCAAAUCUACAACAGAGAAGAUAUUUCAACAGAUGUGAAGGCAAGGGGUCAAGUCCUGGGAGAAGAUGGGGUUCGUGUGCACAGUAUGGUCCUUCCAGGGCUUCCAUCCAGUACAACUGUUUACUUCUCUCGCCCAGGAGAGGUUUACUCUGUCAAACAUGAUAUCACAGAUGUUCAGUCCCUCAUGCCAGGCCUAAUUUUGGCAAUUAGAAAGGUUGUAAAUCUUAAGAAUCUGGUGUAUGGUUUGGAGAAAUUUUUGUAGGAACUCAAAUUAUUCAAUCUCCUGGAUUCAUAACUAAAUCUCAGUGUUAAUUCAGUAGACAAUCAACAUCGUCAUGCAAUCGGCAGAAACAGUUAUGGAUAGUGGAAAAUUUUUGCAGGAACUUAAGUGUUGUUCAAUCUCCUCAGUGUACAACCUAAACCUGCAAAUUAAUUCAGUUGAGGAUCCACAUCAUCCUGUAGACAUAUAGUAGAGCAAAGAAGCUUAAGUAAAGUGUGCGAGGAAGAGCAUAGUCAAUCAUUUUCAUUCACUAUGAAAAUCUUCUUUGAUUAAUUUUAUGAAAUUCAACGGUUGGAGUUUUCACCAUCAGAAUCAAACAGAAUCACAUGAAGAGGGCUGUUUUCCAGACAUUCCAAAACCAUUUACAUAUUCAAUUAAAAAGGUAUAAAUGUGCCUGCCAAUGUUGGUAUAUGGUAUGAGGGCUCCACUAGAUUCCGAAAAACUCAUAGGAUAGGCAGAAUAGCAGGAAUCUCAUCAAGUUUUCCAUUCGCACACCGUCAUCUUAGCUGCUGAAUAUUGGUUCUUUAAUUUUAAGAAAGCUAUCACUUCAGCAUGCAGGAAAUAUCAUUCACUAGCAGUUUCAUAAUUUAAAACAUAUACUUCAUACUGAGAUUCACAUCUUGUAUAAUAUCCAGGACUGCUUUUCCAAGCAAUUAUUUUUUUCCUCUUAUAUUCCUUCUAAAAGCA